CUUAUAUGCGUACAGCCGCCGAAUGACUGCGCCUUCUCCAUUUCGCGAAGCACAGGUACGCGGUCAUUCAUCGUCUUCGAAGUCUGACAACCGGCUUCUGUGGCAGUGCUCAAAGGCUGCUCAAGGUCAUGUAUGCGUCCUUUCCGCCGCUCUCGUAGAAAUGCAAGGAUUCACCAGAGGCUAGGCCGACCCAUCUGGCGCACCUCAACACUUCUUUGCCGCCGCGAGCUGCCAAGGUUUGGCGUCCUGCCUCCGUUCGGCGCCUCGUUUAGCGUUUAUCCUGCUUAUGGCGACGCAUGUCACCGUCAUGAAGGUCAUGAGGCAAGGGAAAUAGCGGCCUUCGGGCCCUUUUGGUGCGCUCUUAAUGGGAGGGUCCUACGAUUUGCCAUCGCACCUGGUCAGGAGGUUGACGUACCCCUGAGGUCGCUCCUGCAGGCCUAUCCAAAUUAGCGUUCUAGCUAUCGUCGUGGAGCGGGUGGAUCUCUAUGGUAUACUU